GGACGGGACUCGCGGGCCGUGAGGAGCCGCCUGGAUACAGCUCCGAGCCCCCGCCGCGCCGGCAGCGGGGCCGGGGCCGGCGUGAGGGAGCCGCCAUCUUCCCGUGAGGGAGAGCGAGAGGUUUUAGGCAGACUGCAACAGACGCUCAGUGUUUAUUAAAUAAAUACAGGUGUCGAAUCUACAGCAAGCGCACGUGGGACGUUUCGCCUUAGGUUUAGCGUUACUUCUUAGCUGUUACUGCAAAAUAACACGCUGAGAACGGCUCGCUGGUGGACACCGCGUCAUUCUCCCAGAACAUUCUGAGUUGUGAGGGACCCACACCGAUGAUCAAAGUCCAGCUCCUGGCCCUGCACAGGACACCCCCAAGAAUCCCACUAUGUGCCUGAGAGCAUUGCCCAAAGGCUCCUUGAACUCCCUCAGGCUUGGGACCACGACCACUGUCCUGGGAGCCUGUUCAGUGCCCGACCACCCUCUUUAACCUUUUCCUUAUGUCCAACCUAAACCUCCCCUGACACAGCUUCACGCCAUUCCCUUGGGUAAGCCCGUUCUAGUGAGAAGCUGCGAUAACCUAAGCCUAAAACCUAACCUAACCCUAACCACUGCAGCUGAUAGCGGACGAGUAAAUAUUUUGCCCACAAGCAAAGUGACUUUUCAAUGUGGUCGUCGUUCACUCGCUGACAGGUUGCUCCAGCUGCCCGUCAGUGACUGGCUUCUCUUCCUUCUUGCAUUUAAUCCCGAAGAAACUGAAGAGUUUCAUUAGCAUUAGAUCAACAAUCUCCUCUUCUUCUGAAGCCUGAAAUAACAACAAGCAGCAAGUUACUCGGAUGCACAGACCAGAAGUGGAUUCAGUCGCAAGACAAAAUCUCUGCUUGAGUUGAAAUAAGCCAGCUUUCACUCCCAGCAAGGCAUGAGUGGCUGCCAAAGCAAAACUUGCCAAUAUUUUUAUCCAGACAAAAGCCUCAGAUGAGCAUGGGCACCACAGAAAUUUUGGCUCUGUCAAAGCUCAUGGAAAUCUUUCUACAGGAGCCUGGAGUUCACUUGCCAGCUCCUAUACAGCCAGUGGUAUGUACAAUGAGCCACCCACCGUUUCUAGAUGAAGCAAAUGAGAAAAACUGAAUAUCUCUUGUCUUCUACCAACCACAUCCUUUGUUUUCAUCUCUUUUGACUUUAUUUAAAACCUAGAGGAAUUCUGGGCAGUACUGGAGUACUAAGUUGGAUUUCACACCAUGUUAUCAAAAGCUUGAAUGGGUCAGGGACUCACAAUGAGAGUUUUAAAAGGAGCUGUAAAGUCCUCAUGCACUUCAGCAGCAGUUUUGGCACUGAUUUCAAAAUAGCUCAGGACAAGCCUAAGCACAACUUUUUGCUGGGUUUAGUAUGUGAAGAGAAGGCUACAAAUCAGAUCUCGUACUGCAUCUGAACAGCAAGUCGUCUGGCCAGGAGAAGACAGCAUCAAUCUGGAAAAUCUGAAGUGUGCUUUCUCAGCAAAUGUUGACUUCUUAAGAGUUGGGUUGAAUUUACAUGGUUUUCAUCCAUGGCUGAAUACAUAAAUCAUGAGUAAGCACUGAACAAUAAAUAUUAAAAACAGGAGAGUUUAGAUGAACACACCUGGUAGUGCUUCUGCUCCUCACUAAAAGCAACCAGAAUCACCGAAAUGAACAGAUUCAGUACCACAAAUGUCAUAAAAAUGAUGCAGGAUCCAAUUAAGAAGGAGCCUAAAAUUGGAUUGUAGUCCAAGACCUGUAUAAUUCGUAAGCUCCAUCACUCUCAUGAUGGGACAGCAGGCUGGCUCAUGGAACUGAUCUGAUCACUUAUUUUACCUGGUGUUUGAAUGAAGAAACAGGUUUCACUCUAACUGGACUUCCAAAACAUGCCAAAGACAAGAUCAGACCCAAAAAGGCAAUUCCUGUAAGAGUGGGUAUCAGACUGGACACAGAACACAGGCCUUGCAGCACUUCCUCGUGGGAUGAAUUGGCUCAGCCUGCUCUUCCACUGGAGACCUAACCCAGCACAUUUGUUUCACUGGCUCAGCAGCUGAUCUAAUAAACCAUGUGUUCACACAACCACAAGACCCAGUGGAAAGGGGGAUAAUAUGCAAUUGGGAAGUGAAGCAGGCAAUUAAAAACAUCUUACUAUAGAUCUGAAGAUACAGCAACAAAAGACAGAGGCUUCUCAGCAGAUAUCUACAGAGGGACUGAUUGCAUUUUCUACCAUGUUAAGAAAGCAUCACGGGCUGAUACAGAUUUAAAGAUGUGAUUCUAAAACCACCUACCGUCAGUAGUUUCAUUCUGCAAGGAGUUUGAGAUCAGUCCUAUCCACCACUCCUGAUCCUCAGCAAUAUGUUUUUGCAAAAACUCUUGAGUUUCCUCAUUUUGAAUAAAGACAAGGUGCCCUCCUCCUCUCUCACACCAGCUCUGGGCACUUGUGAAGGUUUGCUGGAGUCUCACAAACUCGUAGCAGGAACGGUUGAAAGCUUGCUGGUACUUUGAGCAGGGGAUUCCUUCAUCAUCAGUUGCUUCCUCCCCAGCCAAGCAUCCAGCAAGAGAAACCAGAACUGCAAUCCCCAACCACAUUCCCAGCUCAGUGCCCUGUGUGGCACUCGUCCUGCUUACCACAUCACCACUCCUUUUGCUGCCUUCUUCAAAAACUUGAGAUGUCAUCCCUGUCACGUCAUCAGCGUUCCUCCCCUUUGCUGCUUCCCACAGCAGCAGCAACAGAGCAUGGAACAGGUUGCUUGCAAUAUUUAAUGGUGAUUGUGUCUGAGGAGACACACAACAGGUGCUGGUGUUAAGCCACUGCAAGAGCCUCGUGAGGCCCAUUGUGCAAAUGUCACAUCCCAGGCGGGAUCAGUUUGAAGGGAACACAUUAAAGCAUUGCUUUCCUCAUGAGCAGACAGGAUAAAGUUGAUAUAUGCUGCUGUUGGACACGUGGGGAAGUGAGAUAAAGCUCCUCUAUCAAAGGCAUCAUUGUGCAAAUGUUAAAGCUGGAGGUCUUUAUAACAACAACAAAGAGAUACAAUAAUAGGAAUGAGAGGAGAAUGAGGAAAGUGAGCAAAGCAAGGAGUUAUGAGAUGAGAAAACACAUACUGCUCCUCUAGAUACAAUUUAAAAAAUUUAAAACUAUUUAAUGGGUUUGCAUUGCUUUAUUUUUAACAAUUGUUGUUUGAGGUGCUUCUUUUGGAUGCUAAUGCAAUGUCUAUCAUUAUUGAAUCGUAUUCAUCCUGCCCACCUGUUUACACAUAUGCAGGUUAAUCUCAGCUGUUCCAAGAAAGUUUCAUUUUGAACUGUUGUGUCUUAGAAUUCCACACCCCAAGUGAAAUCCUCCUGUCAUCCCUUAAAAGCUAAGUUGCUCAACUUCAUAGAGCUACAGUAUUUAUACCUGCUGGGAGGUAGAGGAGAAGGCCUGAAGUUAAAAUAAUGCUUUAGAAAAGAUGAAAAUAUUGCCUUAAUCAUCAGAACUACUUGGGAGCCCUAUGUGCACAUUCCAAAGGCUGCUGAUGGACUUCAGGAAGCAAGCCCAGCAACAUUUGGGAGCUGAAAUCCCUAAGUGCACCUCAGCUUCCUUAUGAAAGAUACCCAUCAGGUUUACAAAGCCUCAGUAGAAACACAGCACAAAGCAGGAUCUGUAGCUAUCGUGAUCCUCCUGCCCUUGGCAUUAACUCCAUUGGAUUUGAUGCCAUUAUUACUAAUUUAUGGCACCAUAACCCAAAACUGAAAGAACAUGCACUUAUAUUUAGCCAUGGAUCAGUGAGCCAGUUGCUGCAUCCCAGAGGUGCAGGAAUCUGAGAUGUUGGAUGGAUUCCUGCAUUGCAGAAAUGCCUCCUGCGUUGUUGCACCGGGGAGCUGAAGGCAAUGCCCACACCUGCACCGUGCCAGUGCAGCCCCAGCUCUAAAGCUUCCUGCCAAAGUCAAGUAUGUGCACUGCAUCCAGUCAAACAUCUAAGAGUGAUCUUCAAUCCCAAGACCUUUCUGGACCUCCAGUUCGUGGCUGUCUUGCUCAGCUGGAUAAAGCAGGACUAUGAAGAGGGUUUUCAAGAUAAAGUUCACGGGGAAGUGUUUAAUGGGUAGGACAAUUGUGAGGGAUGAGAGGAAAGGGGAAGAAAAUGCACUAUGAUGCCUCCAUAGACACUGUUCUGGAUGUUUUCUUUCUCACCACACCUGCGAAUCAAGACUUCAGCUAUGGAACCACUGGAGCAGAUCCCACAUGAAUUUAUGACUGCUUAAUAGGGAGAGCUUAUGGAGCAGCUGAGAUGUGACUAUUCCAACUGGGUUUCCCUGCUCAGGAGAAGGCCAACCCAUAUUUUAAUUAUCUGAUGGAUCUGGCCUAGACACCCAUCCCCUUACUGGAAGAGACCAUGUAACUAUGAUUAUCAGCUAGUUCUGUUGGGAAUGUCUACAAUUUAGGAAUCCCUUUUGGGCCACAUACAAAACUUCCCAGGCAUCAGUUUGGGAACCCCCAACCCCACCGUUUUACAUCCAAGCUGCUGCAGCAGGCAGAGCUGGGGGCACCUGCUGUUCAGUCCAUUGGCCACUGUAUAUUUGCAUGACAUUUUCUUCAGAGUCUUUGCUUCUUCUGGGGCCCUGCUGACUUGCCAGGCUCUGCAGAAGCUGGCAGCCAGCCCCUACUUUGGCCUUCAAGAUAUGAGAAACACAGCCCAUUCCUGCAAGCACGGGUGUGAUGGAGGAGACUCAAACAUAUCAGGCUUAGUGACACAGCCUGUGCAUUCCCAGUGGGUGCCUUUGGCUCACUUUUGUGAGGAAAGUGUUCUGUAGCAUCAUCCAGCUCUCCCUCUGCAACUGGAAGUUUGACUACAUGGACAUACUGCUAAAAAUGCCAGAGCUGGGGGUGCCACAGGCUGUCCUCUGGGAAUCUGCUCCAAAGCCAUUGAAAUUAAUGGAAGUCUUGUCUCUGGCUUCAACGGAUUUUGAAACAGGCCCUAAAAAAGAACAAAUAAUGUUUGGAAAUGUCUACAAAUAAAGCCAAGCUCUCCAAGUGAGUCUACUGUUGGCAAUUUCUAUAGCAAUGUGCAUUUUUUUCCUAAUCUACGGUUGCUAUAAGUAACUCUUCAGCUGCCUGUAGCAGAUGGAGAGUGGAAGAAAGACAAUUUCCCUCCUUUUGCAGUUUGUUGACUUCAUAUAUUUUUGUGCCAGUAGAGCAGUCUGUCAGUUUAUUCUGUUUACCACAAGAAAGAGAGAAGCAUUUACAUGAAAAGAAAAUACCACUUUUAGGCAUGAAAAUUAGGGUGUUCGGGAGGAGAGAAAAUUCUGAAAGCCUUUUCACUCAUAAGUGAAAAAUGACUGGAUGUCAAGUAGACAGUGCUCCUUGAACUUACCUUCUUGUGGGAAACCUGCCUUUUGCAUUCUUCCUCAACAGAAAGACUUUCUUUUUUAAAUAGUUUUCUCAAUAUCUUCACACCCUCACUCCAAGCUGCGAUAAAGCUUUGAAUGGCUCCUUUGUUUGUGAGCUCUCUUGAGUCUGUUGGAAUAAGACUUUCAUUUUUUCUCAGAAGUGUUUUAGGGGGCCCUGCAGAUCUCUUACACAGCCCUAACUUGCCCUCAGGAGUUGCACCAGAUGGUGGCCAUCGAGGGAAAGUUUCUUCAGAAAGGCAUUGUGCUAUAUAAAACAUCACAAUUGACAAUGAUGAAUUAUUUACUCCUGGUUUUCAAAUGGAUCCUUUGAGGUUUAUUAACUUUUUGUUGUUUUUUUAAGUAGAAGCUGUCGAGGUGAAAGAAAUCUGAAGCAUAUUUUAUUUGCAAUGCUGUAAAAGUUAUUAGGUGUUAAAAAAAAUUGGUGGCCUACACUGAAAUUCUCUAAAGGAGCCUUCUAGCUGCUGUUCAAUGCUCCUGAAACUGAGCCCCGUAAAACCAGCUCCGUUUUGAUGUCCCAAUCUCAAAGUACUCCUAAUCCCUGAUUUAUUUCUUUUUAAUCUAAGUUUAUAUAUAUAACUUACAUGGCAUUUGGAAAGUUUAACUGUAUAAGCCGAAAUUCUUAGGACCCAGGAGAUGAGCACACACAACACUUAUCUAACACGUGUAGGUGCAGUAGGAUUACCUUGACACCUCCUCAAAUCAGCCUUUCGUGCCCCAAAUGAGGCAUCAAGCCUAAUUGCAACUUUUCAAAAGUACAAGCCUGAAUUCUUGUUCAACACAACCAAUAGCUCCAUAAUUCAGGGCACCCUGAAUCCAGCUGCACAUUUCUCCGUGACGACUGAAGCUGUCAGGACAACGCGUCUCGCUCAUAAGACCUUUCUGUGUCUGAACUUCGGUGCCCCAGACCUGAGGAAAAAUCAGUUCCAGAGUUUCACUGGGCUAGCAGAGAGCUGGGUGUGCAGACAAGGGGGACAGGUAAGGUGCCCCCACUGGCUCCAGGGUGGUCCUGUUCUGUACCCUAGUGCAGAUUAUCUGCACCAUGACAGCCUGAGAACCUCCCGUGAUUCCAAAGGGCACUGCAGCGCUGCAGAAGAGCUCCACAGCCCAUAGUAGAGGCCAGAAAGUACUAGACUGAAGAAUUAAGGAAGUGAAGAGCUGCCAGUGGGAAGGAAAAAAUCACACCCCCAUCCAUUUUGGCUGUUGUUCAUUUGCCUUGAGGAAGAGCAAGUAAAUUUACUCUCUAUAAGUGGAUAUUACCAUCUUUACAUUCCUGAGUAUUACUGAAUGUAAUGUAUAGAUUUUAUCAGGAAUAGAAAUAGAUCUUUGUUCUAUUAAUUGAAUAAACAUAAGAAUGGAAACCUGAUUUACAUUUCUUUGGCUUUAAGGUAGAAAAAAGACUAUUUUCAGGUAUAUCAUUAAGUUAAAAUCAUGAGUAGUCCAUUUUACUGUGUCACAUAAAGUUCUUCAGUGUGAAGAACGUUAUUACCUGAAUAGGUAAUAACUGAGACCUGAGCAGACUGUCCAGAAAGGGAUGGAGAAAAGCCCCUAGGUACACCUACACCUUCUCUCUCCUCAACUGGCUUUAAAAAUGCCCAUCUGCCAAUUAGUUUGAGAAGGUGGGUCACAAUCCCCCUUCCUUCCUUGCUGCUCUCCUGUGCUGCUUGUCCUGAUGGGGAGAUCUGGCUAUUUGCUCACCGAAAAGGGUUUGGCCUUGUUGUUGCUUCCACUGUUUAAUUUUCCAUGAGGCAACACACUGAACUUACCAGUGAGCCAUGCCAAGUUGCAAUUUUGAUGGUAUCUUGUUUAUAAAAACAGGGAAAACAAUUCUUAUCUCAUAUAGGGCACAAUAAUUAAAUUAGACGCUCAUGCCUGGCAGGAUGGGGUCAGGAUGAAGAUAAGCAGGAUUACAUUCAGGAGCUGUUGGGUUGGACAUAAUUUCUGUUUAUAGGAUGUGUAUGGUUACCUUCUGGCACAAACAUCCCCUGGAUAAGUCUCUGAGGAUCUUUUCCUUUGGAAGCAUCUAAUACUGCCGUUGGUCUGUAACUGGACUUUCCUCACCUGCCAUACAGCUGAUGCCUCAAUACCUGCCUCUUUCCCAGCCCAUUUGUUAUUGCUUUCCACAGCAGAACUUUGACUAGUAGGAAAAGAGGGCUAAGUGUGCCCUGGAGUGAGCUGGAGUUAUUGAUGGCCAAGGUUAGCCUUGAGUUCAGCAGAAAGGAGCAGAACUACGUGAAGAACCUGAUGACACCUCCUGUGUCCUUGUGAUCAUGUUUGACUAAGUGGCACAAAUUACAUGUGCCAUUGCCUUAAUAUCUUAAUUAGAGAACUGUUCAAAUCAUUAAAGGUGCCCUCUUUGAGUAAAACAUUAACUGCUGGAUACAAAUAGACUGAACUUUGCCUAGCACACACAGAGACACAAAAACAAUUUGCUUGGAUCUGAGUUUUCUGGCAUCACAACUUUCACUGGUGUCAUCUGCCAACUCUCCAUAUUUCUGUAGAUUGGAAAUCUCCCUUUUCCAUAAGAUUUGUAAGCCAUUCCAGCUUCCACCUCUUCAUUUAAUUUUGUUUCACAUUUUUCUUCUGCUUGUUGUGAGCUAUUUCUGAGCUUACAGGACAUGAAACCAGAAAGAAAAAAGCUGUAUUUCAAGGAUUCAUUAAUAAUAUCUCUUAUCAGCAGACAUCCAACACCUUAGAAAAAAGAUGAGCUUCACAAUCCCCAUAAUGAGAAGACUGGAGGUCCAGCAGCUUCACCAUUUUUGUGUUAAGCCCUCUACACUCAGCUGCCACCUGACUAAAACCAGAAAGAAGCUCUUUAGAGUUUUAAUUUAUGUUCCCCUGAAGUUGUACAGGAGGCCACAAGGUAGGACAGUGUGUAGCAACAUUAAUUCUGUCCCACACACACGCCUGUGACCCCAUUUCUACACCUUCAGCCCUGGAAGUGAAUGCCAACCUUCACGUUGUCAUUCUGCCCACUUGAGAACACGCGACUGAACUGUAUAAUAUCACAUAUUAAAUCAUGUAAAUCGUCUUGGGAUGUUGAAAGGUGUAGAUAAGGUUACAGAAGCCUUACAGUGAGGAAGUUUAUGUGGCUGUUUAUUUGUUUUACUCUCUAGUGUUUAAGUAUUUGGGCAUUAUGAUCACUGGGCAGGCUCAGCUUGGUUGAAAUCUAGUGUGAGUAGGCCAGUAGUUCUGUGCCUAAGCACCUAAAGAGUUUUUACACUAAGUUACAUUAUACUUUUAUUUUAAUGAACAAAUCAGUAUUGUGGUGAUAUGUAUUAAAAUUAUGACUAUAUAAAAGAAAAUAAUAUUUUUAUCAAAGAAAUUGUGAAAUCUCACAAAAAUCUCCCCCCCAAAAAAAAUUAAAAAUCUCAUCGAGGACAUUAAAAUCUCACAAAAAUAGUUAUUUUGGUCCAAACAAUACUGAUCAAAAUAGUGUAUGAUAAAAACUGUUUUGAUCCAAAUACAGUCUGGUUGAAAUAAUAUAUGGAAACUAUUGUUAUUUAAAUUUGAACAAACUAUAUUAGUAAUUCGUGUUUGCAAUUGUAUUGGGACAGUGCAAGAGACACAUUCCUAAAUAAUCUGGUGGUAGUUUUGUGAAAUGAGAUCAUGUCAAUAAAACAAUAUUUAACAAAGAUAAGAGCUUGUGUCUCCAGCAGAUGAGAUAGCAAUCAGUGUGAUUUCAGCAAGAACAACUCCUGAGUUCAUAUCAGGUUUGCUGUUGGAAUUUUAUUUGGUAGUAGGAGAUAACAGUUGCAGUUGAAAGUUCUUAGCAGCGCUGAAAGUCGUAUUCGUCAAGUCAAUUUGACCUUUGUUAAUGGGCUUUAAUUAGAACUCAGACUUUACAAGCAGAAGAUUAAAAUAAAUUAAGUACUAUAGAGAUAAGGAAUUAUAUUGGUGUCUGAGUGAUUUUUAAGGUAAUGAUUUGCUUCUUGUUAAGUGAACCAAAAGUACGAAGGUGGCAGGCAGCAGUGACAUCGUUGUACCAGAAAUGUGGUUGACCAGCUUUGCUGUCCUUGGGAAGUACCACCAGACUCGUGCUGGGCAGGGUAAUUCUUUGCUCCAAAAAUGUCUUCAUGGCACUUUUAAAAGUUCGGGAGAGAAGCUCAAGGCACUCAGAGACUGGAGGGAAGUGAAAGUGAGAGAGAAGUGAAGAGGAAAGAGCUUGUAGCCUUCACCGCAGUUGUUUAGAGCAGAAAGAAACACAGUGAAGCAAACCCGCCCACGGUGGGGAGCUGAUGACUUCAAAAAUGUUGCCAUGAGGGGUGAAUAGAGAGAGGAAACUGGAGAGAUAGGCUAGAUUUGGUUGGGGGAAGUUUUAUAGUCAAAGGGGUUUGCAACAAGAAGAAACAUUGUGAAAUAAUAAAAUUAGACAAGUCACCUGAUCCACAUCUGCUGGUGAUAAUUACAUAUAAUUGUAAAUCAGUGCUUUGAUAUUUCUCCAUUUCAGUGUAGAAAGGGGGAAAUGACACAGUUGGCAAGAAAAUUCUUCUCUCCAUACCUUACUAAACUGCUUAUUUGUCAUUUGUGUGAGGAAAACAACAACAACAAAAGUGUUUUGUUGGUAAAUGAAGUAUCUUUUACUAACAAGCAGGAAAAAUGAGAUCUGCAAAGCUUCCUUAUUUAAGUUGUACAAAAUAUGAGACAACACUUUCAGGCAUAGACAUUUGAAAUUAGCUACCAAACACAUUUAGAUUGAUUUCAGAAGUUGUUGAAUAUCUAUAGCUCCUUGUUCUUCCACCCAAACAUUUAACAGGUUUCCAACUAUCUCAUCUUGGCUGACCUUUAAACUACAUGAACAGUCAUGGUGGAGAAGGCAAAAGAGGUUUGACUUAAUCUUUUUAUUUCUUACUUGCUCUAUGGAAAUCUUAAUACCACUACAGAUAAGACAACUCACAGGUCAGAUAAUGAAAACUGCAGCAUUAAGAGCUGCACACAGCAAUGGAUGAGGAUAAUGAACACAUUAAAGCAAACCAGAACAUCGUGGACAGAGAAAAUGUCCUCAUGGCUUAGGGAAAGCAGAGUUGGGCAGCUCUGGUUUUUUGCCAGAUCCUUUUCAGUCUCUAACACUGCUGAAAAAUCCCUUACUUGACUUUGUGUAUAAAGUAAGUCAACAUCUCAAUGCACACACACUCUUUCUCUCACACAUAUGCAAAUCCACACUUGCACAUAUAUAGUGUACAUGUGCAUUUAUGUGUAUGUAUCUGCAUAUGUGGAUUUUAGUGCUCUUCCUCUCCUACAGCCUUCUGGUUCAUUCCUGCUGUUUAUUAAUAUUCCUAAUUCCAACAAGGUCUUAUAUUUUCUUUUUUAAUCUUGUUCCUUAUUUUGGUAUCUCCUGCUCCUUCAGUGCUUUCCGAAGAUGGACCAAGACGUUGUCCUGGUGAUCCCCUGGAGUGAAGAUCAGCCAUUGGACAGGCAGUGGGUUAGGAGAACAAUAUAUAAUGAGUGUAUCAGAGCAGUCUGUGGCACAAAUUGUGUUUUGAAUAAAAUAAAUAUGUAUAUUUCUAAGAGCUCAGUCAGCUUUAAGAAGUGAUGUUAAAACAUUUUGGGAACAAUGGUGAUUUAGCUGACAAAAUCAGAUUUUAGGGUAACCCCAUAGGAAAUUGCAUAAUAUAUAAUUGUGCAAAGAAUCUCUUUAUCCUUCAUGGUCAAUGGAGCCUAUGAUUUGCUCUGCAAUCACAUGCUUUAUAUUGAAAUAAUUCUCUUCCCAGAGGAUUUUAAAAUUAACAACAUUGGACUCAGUUAAGUACCUUAUCUAGAAACAAAAGCAUGAAGUUAAAAAUCUGCCUUAAUUUAAAUGAAUCCUGCCAUACUUUCAGAGUGGUUUCAGGUCACACAUGGAUGAAUAUGGUAGAGUGACUAUUUGUGGAGAGAUAUUUAAUUCAAAGAUGUGCCACUCAGUUGACUCUGGAGCAGCUUGCAUGUUAAGAAAUACAUCCCGUGACUGUCCAGCGAUGAUAAUUUGUUAACUCAUAGAGUAGCCCAGCUAAAAUCCACAAAAUGAAAGGAAAGGAUGAUCCCCUGCUGUGAAGUGUUUGUCACUCCCAAAGAUCCCAAACCAGAACAGUGGGGAGAUGUUUUUCUUUUCCUCUCCCUGCCUGCCGAACAGGACAAGCAUGCCUCAGCAGCGUCCAUCAUUGCCCUGGAAAGCCGCAGGGAUGUUUUAUCCACCCUGCCCGUGCCCCGGCUCUGCCUCAGCCCCAUUCCCGGGAGCAAACAGGCGAGUUACGUUUUUCUCGCUUGCCCCUUUGAACCGGUCAAAGAGUUAAUUUUCAUGCGAACGUGCAACAAUUACGGUGUGUGUGCAGGGGAUUAAAGAUCAGCUAUUAUAAAUUGGCAAUCUAUAAGCCACCGGCCCGGGUUGCACUUUGACCUUAUCUUUAUAUGCAACAGGAAAAAGCUGUUCUGAGCCCAGACAGAGGGGGAAGCACGGCGGCUGCCGGAGCGCCGGGCACGGCAGGGACAGAGAAUGUCAUCAGCCAUGGAAGCACUGUACAGCGGGAAUAAAGACGAACACCCAGAGCCCAUAAAGGCCGAGGUGCGGGGUCAGCUGCCCACUUGGUUGCAAGGGAUCCUUCUCCGGAAUGGCCCAGGGAUGCACACCAUAGGGGACAGCAAGUACAACCACUGGUUUGAUGGCUUGGCUCUGCUGCACAGCUUUACAUUUAAAAAUGGUGAAGUUUACUACAGAAGUAAGUACCUCCGAAGUGACACGUACAACUGCAACGUGGAAGCAAACAGAAUCGUGGUGUCUGAGUUUGGCACUAUGGCUUAUCCAGAUCCCUGUAAAAACAUAUUUGCCAAGGCAUUCUGCUAUUUGUCUCACACCAUUCCUGAGUUCACAGACAACUGCCUGAUCAACAUUCUGAAAGCUGGGGAUGAUUUUUAUGCUACCAGCGAGACCAACUUCAUCAGGAAAAUUAAUCCGCAGACUCUGGAGACGUUGGACAAGGUUGACUACAACAAAUACGUAGCUGUAAAUGUGACAACUUCUCACCCACACUAUGACAGUGCUGGAAAUGUUUUCAACAUGGGCACUUCAAUAGUUGAUAAAGGGAGGACAAAAUACGUCCUAUUUAAGAUUCCUUCCUCUGUGCCAGAACAAGAAAAGAAGAAAUCUUGUUUCAAACACCUGGAAGUGGUUUGCUCCAUCCCUUCUCGCUCUCUGCUCCACCCCAGCUACUACCACAGCUUUGGACUCACAGAAAAUUAUAUCAUCUUCGUAGAGCAGCCCUUCAGGCUGGAUAUUGUCAAAAUGGCAACUGCUUACAUCCGAGGGGUGACCUGGGCUUCCUGCCUUGCCUUCAAUAAGGAUGACAAGACUUGGUUUCACUUUGUAGACAGGAAGACUAAAAAAGAAGUGUCCACCAAGUUUUAUACUGAUGCCAUGGUGUUUUUCCACCAUGUAAAUGCUUAUGAAGAGGAUGGCCACAUUAUUUUUGAUAUUAUUUCCUAUACAGACAAUAGCUUAUAUGACAUGUUCUAUUUAAAAAACUUGAAUAAAGACUUUGAAGAGAACACCAAGCUCACCGCCAUCCCGACCUGCAAACGAUUUGUCGUUCCUCUGCAGUUUGACAAGGACGCUGGAGUAGGUUCUAAUUUAGUCACACUUCCCUCUACUGCAACUGCUGUAAAGGAGAAAGAUGGGAUCUACUGCCAACCUGAAAUACUGUGUGAAGGGAUAGAACUGCCUCGCAUCAACUAUGACUAUAAUGGCAAAAAACACAAGUAUGUCUUUGCAACGGAAUUGCAGUGGAGUCCAAUUCCUACAAAGAUUGCAAAAUUAAAUACCCAGACAAAGGAAAUGCUCCACUGGGGAGGGGAGGACUGCUGGCCAUCAGAGCCCAUCUUUGUUCCCAGCCCUGAUGCAAGAGAAGAGGAUGACGGUGUUGUUCUGACCUGUGUUGUGAGGACUGAUCCAGAGAAAGCACCCUUCCUACUUGUCUUGGAUGCUAAAACAUUCACAGAAUUGGGACGAGCCACAGUAGAUGUAAAAAUGCAUCUGGACCUGCAUGGAAUGUUUAUACCAGAGCAAGAUUUGAAGACUGAGACUGAAUAAAAUGCUGUUUGUCUUAUUGCACAGACCAAGACAACCUUCUACUGAAUGGGGGAUAAUAUCCUUCAGAAACAACCUUCUCUUAUGACAAGAAAUGACUAAUUAUAAUCUCUUCAAUAUCUAUAUAUAAUCUCUUAUAAGAGAUAGCAAUGACUUUUGUUACAAAUUCUUAUAUGCACAACUGGUCUAUCACUAUUCCAAAAGAAGAAUUAUGAGUAUGAAGUGCUAAUGUUUUAUACAACUCACGGGGCAGGGAAUAGGAGACAAAGGUAGCAAGAAAUGUUUUAUUUGAGCAGGCUCAAGCUUUGUGAGGCAAUGAAGGACUGUAUUUAUAGGGUGACGCAUGGCAUGAGUCACAGAUGGCUGCAGGUCAUGGAACUUCAUGGACUGUUGCAAGACUCAGCUGACAAUGAAAGUUGUCUCCUGCCAGAAGAACCUCAUGUUAAACUAUCUACUAUAUUAAUAAUUCAUGACAGUGUAUUCUCUUGGUGCUUGAUUUCUUAAAUUCCACCAUAACCAAAGUAUUACGUUGAGGUGCUACAUUUUUCUUAUCCAGAAUCCACAAUACUGCAGCUUUGCUAGUCCUUUCAUGGGGUAUUUCUCACUUUUAUGUUGACAAAACCAAGUAACUUUAUUGAAAUAGAGUAUAUAUUUUUAUGUAUCAUUCAAUUAUACUUUAGUGAUACUCAGUCUUAAGCACUUUGUAUUUAAAUCAGUUUUCCCUGAGGACAAUAUCUGACGUUUCAUGUAACUAGAUGAUUACCUUGUGUAAAAGAUAAAAAAGAAUUGCAGUAUUUAUUAAUAUUGCUACUCGUGUCUGUUAAUAACAGUAUGUAUGUGAAUGAGGGCAGUGUAUUUCUAGCAGAACUCAAGACACAGGAACAACAAACUGUUUAGGGAAAGAGUGAAAGAUCUAAUCUAGGUCUCCUCUGAACCACACAGAAGCUGAAACUAUAUACAAGCUGUUGUUGCCAGAGCUGAGCAUUUGCUUUAUGUCUGCUUAGGAGCAUCCAUAUUCUCACAUGGCUUUAUCAUUGCCUGUACCUGAUGCUUCCUAAUAAAAGUGCCCAACUCUCACUAACAGGCACAAUUAAAAAGUACAUUUCAACAUCAAGUUCAUAAAGUGCCAAGUACAGUGGGACUGGUUUUUGUUACAGGAAUGGCAUUUCCUAAUCCCCUGAGUGUAUUUCUGUUUCCCUGUUCAGGGCAUUGAUUUUUCUUUAAAUGAGAGCUUUUUUGCUUUGAAUUGUAUUUUCCUGUUGUACAUACAUUUACUGUUGGAGGCAUCUGUACUGACAGAGAAAACCAGGUGUACAUCCAUCCAUUUAGGUGUUCAUCUGGUCUGUCCAUAUCACCACACUGCUCAGGUAUCUCUCACUUUUGUACACACAUUCUCACAGUGUCUGUGCUGCUCAUGCUGUUUUACAGGUAGGAAGCAGAAUGAAAUCGUGGUCAUUUACUAUCUCCCCAUCACAUGAGAAUCUGGGCCUUGGUGACUUGUUCAUGGUUACCUAAGAUGUUUAGAGCAGAGCAGGAACUGCACCAACAUCAGCCACGGUUCCUGUCUGCUCUGUAACAACUAGGACUCAGUUUCUCUGCUUAAGUCUUUGCACUUUAUAGGUAUAAAGAAUAUACAGGCUAUUUUUAAUGUUUUAAAAAAAAAAGUCCCUGUGGUCAGGUUUAGUUAAAAUAUGCAGUUUUGGGCAUUCAGAGGUUUACAUGUUCCACAGAAUGGAAAUAAAUACUUCAGUAAGGUGUGUCUGCAGAAAUAGUCACCUCUAGUGUUUCCAAGGCAUGUUAACACUAGUAUCUAAGAGAAGUUUAUCUUCUAUAGAAGAAAUUGAAUUCCAUUUUUGUAUGUAAUAUGGAACUGGUAGGGAAGGAAAGAUUAGUGAUAUUGGCAAAAGACACCAGCUCUGGAGUUGUUCCUUUUGAUCUGGAAAAAUUUGGAUUUAACAAGUGCCCACAAAUAUUUCUAAAACUCUAAGAUGGCAAUGAAUCAAAAGUCUAACCAUUAUUAUAGAUUGUAUUUUAAGAUUUUUUUCUUCAGAAUUUCUUCUGUAGAAUUCAUGGGGUUAUGGUUUUGGAUGAUCAUGAGUUUGGACACAGGAGUUAAUUGACUUCUGAGGAACUAAUUCUUACUGGUAGAGAUGACACGAUAGGGGAACACUCACCAUAAAAGCAACCUGUAGUCUAAGAAAGUAAACCUGUUAUUUACAUUCAUGCAGAAAUAAUGUAGAAAAUAAAUUGUAAGAUCUUGUCUUGGGUAUGAUUUUUUAAACAAAAUGGGCCACAUUCCCUUGGUCAGUAUUACACAGGACUUGACUAGCAUCAAGUCUGUAGCCAACCUGAAGAGAAAAACAGUGAUGUAAAUCUGGAUUUGCCAAUCCCAGUAUCCUCCUGCGGCAGAGACAAGAGGGAUAAAACCACGUGGCUAAUCACAAAUUUGUUCAAGAAUGUUUUUAGUGGUUGCAAUACUAAUCUGAUGAAACAUUUACCCUGAAUAUGGUAACACACCAUAUCAUUUCCAGGCUGACAGCAGCACAGGGAAUGUAGAUAUGCUUUGCCAAGUGGCUGCAUGGCUUGUGGGUUUUUUUGAUGUGGCAACAUGGCACGUGGUAAUGAGUGUCAUUUGGUUUGCUGCUGACAAACUGUGAAAUCUCAAGGGCAGAAAGGUUUGAGUCUUCUUUUGCAGAAAUUUAAGCCAUAAAUUAGCCCAGUAAAGCUCACGGAGUUAUUGGAAUGGCUUAAAACAAAUCUAGAUUGAGUGACUGCAAAUAAAACUAGUAAGGAUAGGUAUCUCAACUGAAAAAAGUAUAUACUAGAGUGAUAGAAUCAGGCCAUGGGUAUGAAUCAUAUCAUUACUUCAGAGCUGUUACAAGUGGACCUUGGUAGAGUGGUUUGGUUUGUUGUUGUUUUGGUUUUGUUUUUUCUACCAAGACUUUCAUUAAAUCGAACAAAUAACAAGGUAUAAUAAAUAAUUUGUUCUCUAAAA